ACUAAACAAGUCUGGCCGACACCGAAGUCAAAGCCAAUGCCAUCGAUUGAAACCUUUGUUUUGCUUUCUGAAUUCGAUUAUGGGCGAAAACUUCGACUUUUAGCCCAGUUUCCCUAUCUCCAAACAGGUUAAUAGGGGUAGGUCUGGAAGCAAAGAGUUCUGCUGGUUGGUCUCCUAUACAGUGCAAGAGGUUUGACUAGCUGCAGAGGAAGGCCUUUGGAGUUCAUUCCCAUAGUACUGAGCACAGACUGAACUUUCCUGAUUCUGUGUUAUGCCUUGUCCAUGUCUUCUGCUGUAGCUGAGGAAAGUAAGACUUGUGGAUGGAAGAGGGUGAAGAAACUCAAGUGUAUGGUAUCUUUUUCCUCUGCCUCCUCAACAUUGAAGUUCUUCCUCCUCAUCGUCUGGCAUCAUGUUCCUCUGAUAAGAGUUUUAUAUAAUCCAGGAUGCUUACUGUCAUCUUCUAUGGUGGACAUCCACCUCUGACUUUUCCCUUGGAUUCAGAUCAGUGCCUUGAAGAUAUUAUUAUUGCAUCUUCACAAGUUCUGGAGAUAAAUCCAUUGUGCCGUCAUUUAUUUGGCCUGCGUGAUACAGGAAAGCGACUGUGGGCACCUCUGUGUAAAAAAAUUGUUUCUUUUCCAAAGAACACAACUCUGCAGUUUAGGCUCCGUUUCAAAGCCCAUUCCCUGAAAAGAUUAAAGUGCUUAGAUGAAAAAGCAUUUGAAUAUUAUUUUUAUCAAGUCCGUUCAGAUUUUGUAGCUGGGGAGAUAAAUGAAUUAAUUACUAACCAGGAAGACGGUCUUGGAUUAGUUGUGGUUGAUGUCUUGUUACAUUUGAUCAAUAACCCAGGUAAGAAAGUAAGCGAUGUAGAACUGAAAAAUUUCAUGCCAAAGGAACUAAAUCGUAUGGCAAACAGACAUAAUGUGAAGAAAGAAACCGAGAAACACAUAGACACUACACAGCGCAAAGAUCCUGCCUACAUACGGGAAUGUUAUCUUAGCAGUGUUGAAGAAAAAAGAAGUACAUAUGGUGCAGAAGAAUACUAUCCGCAGAUGGAUGAAGCUGGUAAUGUACUCCAAAUCAGAAUCUGUGUUGAUCCUUUCCAUCCAGACCUUCCAGGUCUUCGCUAUUGCUACGCAUCCCAGAAAAAAGGGCCAUGGACUCAUCUAUGCCGUUUGGAAGAACUAGUGUUUGUAUCGAUGCGUAGUCAAGAUUUGACUGUGGAGGUGUCACGUGCCACUGGCGUUCCUUGUUACUUCAAGUUUCAAGCUUUGGAUGUCCUUGAAUCAUUUGUGAGCUGUCUUAGUGGAUAUUAUCGUCUUUUGCGAACGUGGACUUUUGAUUUGUGUCGUGAGCUGUCAACCCCAUCACUCGAAUUCUUGCGAAGUAAUAAGUGCCAUGGACCAAUUGGGAGUGUUUAUUCUGCAAGGAAGUUGAAGGAGAAGGGUGGUGGCUUUGUGGGUAUUGCUCUGCUUCGUGAAUCAGUGUCUGAUUACAAUUCUUUUAAACUUGAUAUCAUCGUUCAUACAGACAAACCACCCGUCACUCACACUGUUUUAAAACAAGGAGGACAGGUUUGUAUUAAAGACAGAGACAGAACUUACAGCAGCAUUGCAGUCAUGUUAAAGGAAUUGUGCAAGUCUGAAGAUCCAACACUAAAAAUAACACGUAUUUUGCCCCCAUCAGAUUAUGAUAAUGCCGAGCCACUACUAUUAAGUGCAAGUCAAGAUAAGAAUAUUCAGAGUAACAAUCAGACUGGUCCAAUGGUUAUAAGCAUGGAUCAUUUGACAUCAUCAGAAAGCAAGAUCAUUAGGGGCAAAUUUUCAAAUGUUUAUGUUGCUCAGUGGAGUACAAAAGAUAACAUGGAAGUUGCUGUGAAAAUGCCAAAGUUGAAUGACGUUGGUGACAGUGAUCGUCUCCUGGUAAUGAUGAAUGAAGUUGCAUUUGUUAAUUGUGAAUGCAUUGUCAGCAUACUAGGGGUAACACUGACUCCCUUGGCUUUAGUCAUGGAAUAUCUCCCACUCGGACCUCUUGACAAAUACCUUCAAGCUCAAAGAGCCCAUAUGAAAGAGGUAGAACUUGUGGAAGCAGCAACUUAUUUGGCUCGUGCUUUAUGGUAUCUUAACAUGGAAGGGAUCCAGCACAACAAAAUUCGAUGUCAUAAUGUACUGGUGGCAAAUCACACAGAACAAACUUUCAAGGUAAAAUUGGGUGAUCCUGGAUUGGUAACCUACACAGAACAAGACAUUCAUUGGAUUCCUCGUGAGCAUCAUGCCCAGCCUUCCUUAGCCGUAAGCAACAACACAACUGAUAUCUGGGCUUUCAGCACAACUCUGUGGCAGAUAUUUUCAUUUGGUGUUUCUCCUCUUCCAGGUGCUGACAUGGAAGAGGUUCGGCAGUUAUAUGCAACUGGUCGCUUGCUGCCACGUCCAGAUCACUGCCCACAGGAGCUUUAUAAAGUAAUGUUACGGUGUUGGUCUCCAGACCCUCAAGCCAGACGUCAGCCACAGGCCAUCAUGAGAGAUGUCAACCAAAUUCUUUAUCAAGUUUUCAAUUCAAGAAAAAAUCACGCUUAUCAGACUAUAUAUCCUGCCAACUCAUCUGGUGAAGAAACAGAAUUCCAGAAUAGACAUCUAGAUGAGGAAUCAGUAGAUUACAAUGCCAGUAUCACAACACAACUUACAACAUUAACUCAGUCUGAUGGAUCUGUUUCCACAGUAACUGUCAGUCAGUUGUCAUCUGUAGAUGAUCUUAUAUCCCUGGAUUUUCCAGUAUGUAAUAUACCUUCUUAUGGUGUGUACAAUGAAGAAGUGUUACCACCAGAAGAAACUACACCAGUCACUGUGAAAAAAUUGAGUGAGAUGCUGUUAAUGCCAAAGGAAGCUAUGCGCACACCAGAAAAUUCAGCAUUGCCACCUCGCCCAGUAAUGACUGGGAAGGCUGAACUUGAACUGGGUAUGCCUAUUGGCCAGGGCAACUAUGGAAAAGUGUUUAGAGGAGUUUUGAAAUAUCCUGAAGGAAAGACAGAAACAGUUGCUGUGAAAACUCUACACACAGUUGGAGAUAUUGAAGAUCUAAAGCGGGAAUUUACAAUGAUGAAGAAACUGAAACAUAAAAAUAUAGUCCAACUCUGUUCAGAUCUCGUGGAAACAGAAAAUGGAGAGAAGGUGUACAUGGUGAUGGAAUACUUACCACUAGGCUCAGUCAGAUCACACGUUAUUGAAAAUAAAGAGCGAAUGACUACAGCAUUGCUUCUAAAGUUUGCAAUGGAUAUUGCAGAGGGAAUGGACUAUUUGGAGCAGUACAGAAUCAUUCAUCGGGACUUGGCAGCAAGAAAUAUUCUUGUAAAAGAUGCAAAUACAGUGAAGAUCUCAGAUUUUGGUUUAGCUCAAGAACCAAAUAAAGGAAAUUAUUAUAUUCGUAAAACUCAACGAUCAUUGCCAAUUGCUUGGUAUGCCUUGGAGUGUAUUGAGAGCGGAAAGUUUUCUCACAAAAGUGAUGUGUGGUCUUAUGGUGUCACUUGUUGGGAAAUGUUCACUCAUGGAUUGGAGCCUAAUCUUCCACAGAAGCCUGAAAUUCUAAUACAGGCUCUGAAGGUUGGAAGACGUCUGACUUGUACACCACCAUGUAAGCCAAAUAUUUAUACAAAACUCAUUAGACGAUGCUGGGAUGAUGAACCAGCGGAACGACCAAACUUUUCUGAAUUGAUGUCCAUAAUUCGUGAACUUCAGGAAGAAUGUUUGUAAAUACAGAUGAAGAUAGUAUAUACAAUGCCAUUAAAAUAAAGACUUAUAUACAACUACCCAU